GUAGGUAACCGCGCUUGUGUGUGUGGUGUGUCGGACUGUGCAGUCGGCCGUCGUGCGCGCUCGGAACUUAUUUGUUAUUAUCAUCUCCGUCGUGUUUAUCAUAAUAAUAAUAAUAAUAAUUAUAAUACAAUUAAAAUAUAAUAUUAUUAUAACAUUACAAUAAUAUCGUUAGUAUAAUAGUAUACACAAGUACAUGACAACUGCUAGUGACGUCGGGUUACUCCAGUUUCCAGUACGCUUACAAACGGCCUACACUGACCUGCGGCUGGCCACUACAGGUAGAUAGUGCGACCGAGUGAGGAGCCGUUUUGUUAUUUGGUUUACGUUCGAUUUUUUUCUCCUCCAACCGGCGUUGGAGAGGCAAAUUCUUCGGAUACGCGUCUGUUCGGUGCUCGUUUCACGGUUUUCGGUAGGUAGUUCACGAAAUCAAAACUCCGCGACGCCUCGGCACAAGACCUCAUGACGUUAUUAUAUUACCUUCCUCAGGUUCGCAUAUCGUCAUCUUUCGAUUUUUCUCAGUGAGAAAAACGUCCGCCUGACCGGCAGCCGACCAUAACGACGAUAUUUAACUGCUGAAACGGACCAAUUAAAAACGAGGGCAGCAGCAGAACACCUGUCGUUGCAGAGUUUUCCUUUUGUCCACAACUUCGUUUGACGCAGUGCCCCCAACUACCCCCGUUCGAUCGCAAAACACUAACCCCGCCGCUCAGGGAUUUUGAUUUCAAUAUUUUCCACUGUUUGUAUAAUGAAUAUCAGUUAUCUAUGGCAAAGAUGAGGUAUGCAGAUAAUAUGCCCAGAGAUGUAUCUAUUGAUAAUUUCCCUUCGCUCAACGUGUCUGAGAAAGUGAAGUCAAAGGCUUAUGAUGAUGAUGAUAAAUUAGAACACUUAGUUUCCAACACAGAGUAUAGAAAAUUAACCACCUACAACUCUUUGAAAAAACAUCCAUCAAAUCUAUCAACUCCGUCGUGUGAACAAAGGCAUAGAAGACGUCUUUCAGAAACAUUAACAUGUGGUUUAGCAAGACAAUGUAAAACUCACAGUCUUCCUUGUAAUAUGACAUUAAAACAUCCUUAUAGUGUUUCGUCAGUCGAUGCAAAAGAUGUUGAUAAGACUAAGGGUGUUUUGUCUCCUGGUAUACUCCCGGAAGAUUGGGCUGCCCAACUCACAUUAUUAGAUUUAAAUAUAUUUAGUCAAAUAUCUCCAGAAGAGUUGUCUUCGUGUUCUUGGAACAAGAAACAAAAAUUAGAAGUUGCACCAAAUGUAGUAGCAUUUACUAGGCAAUUCAAUCAUGUAUCAUUUUGGGUUGUUCAAGAAAUAUUGAAAGGCACCACUCCAAAACUGCGUGCUGAUCUGAUCACUCAAUUUAUAAAGAUCUCCAAAAAAUUGUAUGACCUUAAUAAUUUCCAUUCAUUAUUUGCUGUUAUUUCCUCCCUUCAAAGUGCUUCAGUUUAUAGAUUAUCCAAAUCAUGGAACAAUGUGUCGAAGAAAGAUCGGCAAUCAUUUGAUAAACUAGCUAAUGUUUUCUCAGAAUGCAAUAAUUGGAGGAAUCUUCGGGAUCACCUAGAAACCUUACGUUUACCAUGCAUACCUUAUUUAGGUGUAUUUUUGACGGAUUUGGUAUAUGUUGAUAUGGCACAUCCUCAUAAAAGUAGUGGCUUAUUAGAAUCUGAAGCAAGACGUCUGAAAAUGAAUAACAUUUUAAGAGUAAUAUCACAUAUGCAGCAGAGCCGUUAUGAUCAUUUGAUACGGUUUUCUAGAAUAAAUGAUUAUUUGAACUCUAUUAGAUAUAUUGAAGAACUACAUAAGUUUGUUCAAGACGACCAAUAUAAAUUAUCAUUAAAGUUAGAACCUUUAUCCUGCCAAACAGAAAACUCUAGAGGUUCCAAAGAAUCUGUCAAUCAAGUGUUGUUAGAUUCAUUGAGUUUAUCACCAGCAAAAUCAACAGAUUUAAUGCGAAUAAGAAAAUUUUCUUUAUGCAAACAACAACAACAACAGAAAACAAAUUGUUCAAAAUAUCGCAGUGCAAGUCUACCACGUAGUUUUCUUAAAAAACCUGUGAAUCAAUCUGCCGUGUGUAAUAAUAAUAGUUUGAUCCAUAAGUCUGAUGAAGGCAUAUUGUCAACUGUAAACUCAAGGAAUUUACUAGAUGACUCGCUCAUAGAAGAGAAUACAUUAGAUCUGUCUAAUUUGAAUCUAUCACCCUCUCAAACAUUGAAAGGAGCCCAUAAAAUAAGUUUAGAAAGUUGUUUAAGGCGUAAAGUGGUUUUGAAAAAUGGACGAAAACCAGCUGUAACAACAUGGCAACGUUAUUGGAUACAGCUAUGGGCAUCGGUUUUAAUUUAUUACUCACCCAAGUCUUUUAAAGGUUGUAAUAGAAAUGACUUUAAACGAGAACCUUGCAAACUUUGUCCGUUAAAAGGAUGUACUAUUAGUCUUGGUGAUAAUCCAGAUACGUUCUUAAUCAAGCAUCCUGAUCAAAGAAAUACAUAUAAGUUUCGAGCCGAGAGUGACAAUACAGCUUUACAAUGGUACAGACGAUUGUACCAUGCAGCACAGUCAGUACACCAACCUGACACUAAAUUACCAGAUAACCUUAUAAGUUUCGACUGAUUAGUUUUAACAUUUCAUUUUACUUUGAUUUGCUGUUGGUUCUUGUGAAACAAUAAUUAUUAUCUUUAAUUUAAUAAUAUAAUAGUGUAUAAUAUGACUUAUAAUAUAUUUCAGUUAUGAAUAUUUAUAACUCUAUUGUAUUAUAAACUUAUUAAUUAUUAUUUGCGCAUGAGCCUCUUUUACUUGUUCUCCCAGUAGAUUAUAAACAGUUGUUGUGUUUAGUGGACACUAAUCAUGAAAAUUUAAAAAACAUAUCAUUGCAUCUUAAAAUUAUUAAGUUUGCCAUGACUAAUGUUACUAAUUUUAUUGAUUGUUUGAAAGUAUUUUAUUUUUUACACUACCUGUUGCUUAUAGAAUUAUAUGUAUUUAUAGUUAUGGUUAAUCUAUCUACAAACGCUUAAAUUAAAUUCUGAAAAUGCAUAUAUAAAUAGUCCCUAAAAUAAAAUUAAAAUGGCCAAUGCCUAAGUUCCUUAUACUAAAAUAUCUAUA